CGCGGGUUACAGAGACUCCCUGCAGCCACAGAAGGAAGGAAGGGAUUGAAACACACAACGUGCCCACUGAGGAAUUUAAGAGACUUCCCGUUUCCAGAUAACAAUGGUCUCUCAAAGAAUUCGCCCCGAUCGCAGCGAGCUGGUCCUGCUCUGUCUUUUCAUCGCCAUGCUGUGGGAGAGCGGAGCCCGGCAGAUCCGCUACUCCCUUCCUGAGGAAUUAGACAAAGGCUCUUUCGUGGGGAACAUAUCCAAGGACCUGGGGCUGGAGCCCCGGGAGCUGGCGGAACGCGGAGUCCGCAUCGUCUCCAGAGGUAGGACGCAGCUCUUUGCUCUGAACCCGCAAAGCGGCAGCUUGAUCACGGCGGGAAGGAUAGACCGGGAGGAGCUCUGCGCUCAGAGUGCGAGGUGUCUGGUGAAUUUUAACAUCCUUGUUGAAGAUAGGGUGAAGCUUUUCGCGAUAGAAAUAGAAGUAACUGAUAUUAACGAUAAUGCCCCAAAAUUCCAAGCAGAAAAUCUAGACGUAAAAAUUAAUGAAAACGUCCCUCCAGGGAUGCGUUUUCCACUCCCGGAAGCUAUGGAUCCGGAUGUGGGCGUAAACUCCCUACAGAGCUACCAGCUCAGCCCGAAUAAGCACUUCUCCCUACGGGUUCAGAGCCGAGCCAACGGCAUCAAGUACCCGGAGCUGGUGCUGGAGCGCGCCCUGGAUCGCGAGGAAGAGGCAGUGCACCAUCUGGUCCUCACCGCCUCCGACGGGGGUGACCCUCUCCAAUCUGGCACUGCCCUUGUCAGUGUGACUGUCUUCGAUGCAAAUGACAAUGCGCCGGUCUUCACCGAGCCAGAAUACCGAGUGAGUGUUCUCGAAAACCUGCCUGUGGGCACACGGCUGCUGACGGUUACAGCCACCGACAGGGACGAAGGCGCCAAUGGGGAAGUGAUAUAUUCAUUCCGAAAAUUACGGGGGGACACACACUUGUUUAAAUUCCAGCUAAACAAAAAUACUGGGGAGAUAAAAAUAUCAGAAAAUCUAGAUUAUGAAGAAACGGACGUCUAUGAAAUAGAAAUACAAGCGGAAGAUGGAGGAGCAUAUCUUGCAACUGCAAAAGUUCUGAUUAACGUCGAAGAUGUAAAUGACAACAGUCCGGAGGUGACCGUUACAUCUCUGUUUAGUCCAGUGACUGAAGAUUCCCCUCUGGGGACUGUUAUAGCCCUUUUAAACGUGCACGAUCUAGACUCUGGGCAGAAUGGACAGGUCACCUGCUCCAUCUCGGGGAAUCUGCCAUUUAAAUUAGAAAAGUCCAUUGACAGCUAUUAUAGAUUGGUAACGCACAGUGCCCUCGACAGGGAACUGGUAUCCUCUUACAAUAUCACGGUAACAGCCACAGAUGGGGGAAGUCCACCUCUAUCAACAGAAAUUCACCUCACCCUGCACGUGGCAGACAUCAAUGACAACCCACCCACCUUCUCUUAUGUGUUCUACUCCACCUACAUUCCAGAAAACAACCCCAGAGGCGCCUCCAUCUUUUCGGUAACUGCACACGACCCUGACAGCGAGAAGAACGCCCAGGUCACUUACUCACUGACUGAAGACACCGUCCAGGGAGCGCCCCUGUCCUCCUACGUCUCCAUCAGUUCCGACACUGGAGUCCUGUAUGCUCUGCGCUCCUUCGACUAUGAGCAGUUUCAAGAGUUGCUGAUGCAGGUGACGGCGUGUGACAGCGGGGACCCGCCGCUCAGUAGUAAUAUGUCAUUGAGCCUGUUCGUGCUUGACCAAAAUGAUAACGCUCCCGAGAUCUUACACCCUGCCCUCCCCACCGAUGGCUCCACCGGCGUGGAGCUGGCGCCCCGCUCUGCAGAGCCUGGCUACCUGGUGACCAAGGUGGUAGCUGUGGACCGCGACUCAGGACAGAACGCCUGGCUGUCCUACCGCCUGCUCAAGGCCAGCGAGCCAGGGCUCUUCGCGGUGGGGGUGCACACGGGCGAGGUGCGCACAGCGCGGGCCCUGCAGGACAGAGACGCUCUCAAGCAGAGCCUCUUGGUGGCCGUCCAGGACCACGGCCAGCCCCCUCUCUCGGCCACGGUCACACUCACCGUGGCAGUGGCGGACAGCAUCCCCGACGUCCUGGCCGAUCUGGAAAGUCUCGAGCCCCCUGCCGACCCUGAUGCCUCGGGCCUCACGCUCUACCUGGUGGUGGCCCUGGCCAGUGUCUCCUGUGUUUUCCUCGCUUUUGUCAUCCUGCUGCUGGCGCUCAAACUGCGGCGCUGGCACACAAAGCGUCUGCUCCAAGCUUCCGACAGCGUAAUGCCAAGCCUGCCUGCCUCGCACUUUGUGGGCGUGGACGGGGUGCGGGCCUUCCUGCAGACCUAUUCCCACGAGGUCUCCCUCACUGCGGACUCCGGGAAGAGCCACAUUAUCUUCCCUCAGCCCAACUACGCAGACACGCUCAUCAGCCAGGAGAGCUGCGAGAAAAAGGGUCCUUUGUUAGAUGAUUCGAGGUUUCCUAUAGAAGAUACCCCUUUGGUUCCAGUGAGUUCUAUUUUUAUUCAUUUUCUUUCAUUCUAAAAUUUAUGACUGGUUUUACUUUUA